AUGCACCUGUCCAUGUACCUGUCUAUCGCUUCGUGCUUGGUCCUGGGACUCGCUUCCGGUGGGGCGAUUAGUGGAAACGUCGUCAAGAGGGCUGCAUCAUCAUGUCGCUAUCUGCCUGGCGAUGCGGAAUGGCCUACACGAGACGCAUGGGAUCGCCUGAACUCGACCGUGAGCGGUCGACUGCUCGCCACAGUCCCCAUCGCCCACGUGUGCCAUUCUCCUGAUUUCUCGCAAGCCGCCUGUAGCAAUAUCACGGAACGAUGGGAUUUGCCAGGCCUCAUGUCACCUGAACCCGCCGAGAUCUUGUCAAUAUGGUUUCAGAACCAAUCUUGCACUCCGUUUACCAAUAUUUCGACACCGUGUGAACUGGGCAACUAUGCCAGCUACUCCAUCAAUGUCAGCCACUCCGAUCAUAUUAUCGCGGGACUGGCCUUCGCGCAAGAGAAGAACAUCAGAGUGGUUAUUAAGAACACUGGCCAUGACUUUUUUGGCAAGAGUACAGGCAAAGGCGCACUCUCUCUCUGGACUCGCCAUCUCAAGUCCCAAGAAGUGAUUCUGAACUAUCAGUCAGCACUAUAUGCCGGCCCUGCCAUCAAGUUCGGAGCUGGCAUUACCGGCGGCGAGGCUGCCCAGUUUGCGGCGAAGCACGGCUAUCGUGUCGUGGUCGGGUCAUGCGCAACGGUGGGCUUGGUUGGAGGCUUCGCCCAAGGUGGAGGACAUUCGUUCUUGUCCGGGCUCUACGGAUUCGCCGCCGACAACGUAUUGGAGUGGGAAGUGGUGACAGCCGCGGGUGAGCACAUCAUCGCCACUCCGGAACAAAACACGGAUCUCUACUGGGCGCUUAGUGGUGGCGGUGGGGGCACCUACGGUGUUGUCAUCUCUAUGACAGCGCGAGUGUUCCCUGAUGGUAAAAUUGCUUUAGCCUCAUUGUCUUUUGAUUCGGUGACAGCUUCCGGACAAGACCGGUACUGGAAGUCAGUCCACGUCUUUCUUCAGCAGCUGCAGCCGCUCGUCGAUAACCACGGCAUUGUGGCCGAGUUUAUCAUCACAAAUGACACACUGACUCUCUUUGGCAUGAUGGCGCCAGGAUAUGGCCGCCAUGGUCUCACCACGCUCCUACGACCAAUGAUGCGGGCCCUCAAACGGACUGCACCUGGUAUCACAGAAGAGGCAGUGCGAUUCUCUACAUCCGACAGCAUGAGCUACUCUAAGCUAUAUUCCAAGACAGUGGAGCCUCUGACCAUGAAUGAAACGUUCCCCCCCGCCGUUGGAGGCCGCUUUGUCUCACGGGCCAACAUGGCGAGCAACACGUCCGCAAUUAUUGACAGUUUGCGGGCCACCACAUAUGGCGGGAAGUUCAUCGUUGCCGCCACGGCCCUGAACGUCAAUGGGUCAGGUCGCGAGGUCGCCCCAGUGGCAGACAACGCAGUAGAGCCUGCUUUCCAUAGAGCCUUCAUGAGUCUCAUUGUUUCUGCCGCUUGGACGCCAGGCCGGCCAUGGGCCGAGGCCAUCAUGCUACAAGACGAGCUGACCAACGUCAUCAUUCCCACGCUCGAAGCCGCCACCCCAGGGACGGGUGCGUAUAUCAACGAGGCGAACUGGCAGCAGCCGGAUUGGCAGAAUACCUUUUACGGAAACAACUACCAGAGUUUACGAGCUAUCAAAGCCAAGUAUGACCCGAAUCAUCUCUUUUACGGCCUGACUGCUGUCGGCAGUGAGGCUUGGGCUCCGGAUGCAAGUGGACGUCUUUGCAAAACCGGUCUGUAA